AUGGAGCUGGCACGUGCAUUGUCCCCUGAGGUGAAGGUUGCUGUGGUCCCAGCCUUGCCGCGGAAGCAGAGAGGGGCAUGUGUGAACAGGCGGAGGAAGAUCAGCCAUUCCACAGUGAAAGGAAAGGGUCAGCUGAAGCUGUCCAUCGACAUGCAGGGCAGGCUCCUUGUGCUGCACAUUAUGGAAGCAAAAGGCCUGAUGGGAAAAGAGUACCGGACAUGCAACUCCUAUGUGAAGAUGUCUGUAGUACCAGAUACUGAUCGGAAAGGCAGGCAAAAAACCAAGACUGUUCCAGACAGCAAAAAUCCCAUCUUCCACGAGCACUUUCUCUUCCCCGUUCAAGAAGAAGAUGAACAAAAGCGUCUUCUGGUUACAGUCUGGAACCAAGAAAGAAACUCCAGACAGAGCCAGCUAAUCGGCUGUAUGAGCUUUGGCGUGAAGUCGCUCCUGACCCCAGACAAGGAGGUCAGCGGCUGGUACUAUCUCCUUGGUGAGGACCUGGGCAGGACCAAGCACCUGAAGGUGGCCACGCGGCGUCUGAAGCAGAGCAGAGAGCCACCACUGGCGAGCCAGCGGGCUGAACUGGGAAACCAGGAGGCUGAGAACAUGGAGCAGCUCAAGAUUACAAUCCCUCGAGGAAGGGAUGGGUUUGGCUUCACAAUCUGCUGCGACUCUCCAGUCCGUGUGCAGGCUGUAGACUCUGGUGGCCCAGCGGAGAAGGCCGGCCUGCAGCAGCUGGACACUGUGGUGCAGCUGAACCAGCAGCCCGUGGAGCACUGGAAAUGCGUGGAGUUGGCACAUGAAAUCCGGAACUGUCCCAGUGAGAUCAUCCUGCUGGUGUGGAGGAUCGUGCCGCAGAUCAAGCCGGGCCUUGAAGGCAUGAUACGGAGGUCGUCCUGCAAAUCUACCUACGACCUCCAGUCGCCUCCAAACAAGCGGGAGAAAAACAGCUCGGUGCCCUCGCGCCCCGAGCAGCGCCAGAGCUGCCACAUCGUGUACGACGGCAGCGACAGGCUGGUGCUGAACAACUGGGCGCGAUACACGGAGGUUGGGAAGCGGAGCCAGCACACGAUGCCACCAUUGUCCCGGGCAUCCUCCGACGGGGACAAGAACUACAUCCUCUUAGCACCUCUGAAUCCUGGGAGUCAGCUGCUGAGGCCGGUGUAUCAGGAGCACGAUGCCGCUGUGGGAAAUGCAGGGAAAGGCAAAUCCCAUACGGGAUCUGGGCGGAAAUCCAGGCUGAUGAAGACAGUGCAAACUAUGAAGAGCUAUGGGAACUACCAGAACUGCACCAUUGUGAGGCCUCAUAUCCCGCACUCCAGCUAUGGCACCUAUGUGACACUGGCCCCCAAAGUGCUCGUGUUCCCUGUCUUUGUGCAGCCUCUAGACCUUUGCAACCCGGUCCGGACUCUCCUUUUGUCAGAGGAGCUGCUGCUUCAUGAAGGCAGAAGCAAGACUGUAAAGGUGACCGUCUUCAUUUACUCGGACUUGCUGCUCUUCACUAAGGAAGAUGAGCCCGGGCGCUGCAAUGUGCUGAGGAAUCCUCUCUAUCUCCAGAGUGUCAAACUCCAGGAGGGUUCUUCUGAAGAUCUGAAAUUCUGCAUCCUCUACCUUGCAGAGAAGUCGGAGUGCUCAUUACGUUUGGAGGCUCACUCCCAGGAGCAGAAGAAGAGGAUCUGCUGGUGUCUGGCUGAGAACAUCACUAAGCAGCAGCAUCCAGCAGCAGCUCCUGCUGAGAGCAAGGGGUGGGGCAGAGGCUUGUUGUGGUGGGGGUAUCAGGAGCUCAGCGGAACAGACAACGAGUGCAGCUGUGAGGAUGGGGACGAGGCCUCCUGCAAGAAAAGGAGCAAAAACUUGGCCAAAGACAUGAAGAACCGACUGGGGAUAUUUCGACGGCGAAACGAGUCUCCAGGAGCCAACCCCAUCAGCAAGCUGGACAAAGCAAUGAAAUCCCUCAAGCCGACCCCGGAGGAAGCUCUCAAGUGGGGGGAAUCUCUCGAGAAACUGCUGCUGCACAAAUAUGGGCUGGCUGCCUUCCGGGCUUUCCUGCGGACAGAGUUCAGCGAGGAGAACCUGGAGUUCUGGCUUGCGUGUGAGGAGUACAAGAAGAUCAAAUCCCAGUCCAAGAUGGUAUCCAAGGCCAAGAAGAUCUUUGCUGAGUACAUUGCCAUCCAGUCAUGCAAAGAGGUGAACCUGGACUCCUACACACGGGAGCACACCAAAGAGAACCUGCAGACCAUUACCCGGAGCUGCUUCGACCUCGCUCAGAAACGGAUCUAUGGGCUCAUGGAGAAGGAUUCUUACCCCCGCUUCCUCCGCUCGGAGUUGUAUUUAGACAUAAUUAACCAGAAGAAAUCCAGCCCCCCACUGUAGAUCCCAAGGACUCUGUCUGGGGCAGACUGGGAGCUGUAUGUUUACAUGAAUUUGACUGGGGCGGUCUCCCCUGAGCAGCCUGCCUUUCUGCUGAGAUUCACACCCAUGGAAGCCAUAGCUCUGUAGCGAACGGACGCAUGGACAGGCAAAGGCAGCGAGCUAGAGGCCAAGGGGGCUGGAGAGCCGAGCAGUCUGGUACUGUUCCAUUGUACCGUUCCUCAGGAUCUCGCCAUCUCACCGGUACGACGCCCUUUGUCAUGGCUCGGGGGGAGCUCCCACGAGACUACUGUGAAGCACGGGCCUGAGCUUUGUCUUUUGUUUUGGGGGGCAAUAAGUCGCUGGGCAGUGAGGCUUUGGGGUGAGGGGAAACCAGCAAGAACUGGCUUCUUGCCUCAACAAGAGACACUGAACUGGACCAAACCCCUUUCCGUGGCGUUGCUGUGCUCCCUUGGCCCUGCAGAACUCGCACUUGGCCCUGAUCACGGGCCAGAACGGCACUUCCUUUGUCUGUCUGUGACCAUGCACCCCUCGAGCAGCAAGAGCCAGUUUCUCCCCCAUGCCCACCACAUCCCUCUCGGUUUAUUUAUUGACCUCCUGUAGCUGGACGCGUUGCUGUGUAAUAGGAACUCCUUGCAUCCUUUCCUUUGUUAAUUUACAAGUGCAAUAUUUCUGCGUGUCUUGGAGUCCCGCAGUGGAAUGGACGACCAUCUCUUCUAAGAGUGUGUACAAUGUUUUCGAACUCGGUGGGUUUUAUUUGACAAACUCUGUGCUCCUAGCAGCAGGCCGCUGGGAGAGCCUGGGUGUAUAUAUAGUUCCGUGACAACGGAGGGUUUGAUUGUGUAGAUAAACAGCUGUGUGAAUCAGACACUCUCACUGCUCUAGAUAACGAUGUCGUGGUCUGGGAAAUGUGGCUUAGUGCCGGAUCUGACGGAGUUGGACAGAAUGUCUUGCGUCUAAGUGCCCGGUUUACAAUGCAAAGCAUCUCUGCAGCUAACAAAAACAUGUUGAGGUCAUGGUUAUAGUGUAAAUAA